CUUACGAAGCUGGCGAAAGUGUACAAUAAUAUCCAAGGCUAGGAGCACAAGUAAUUAUCAUAACUUAUUCGACUUGGAGAACUUGUUUUCUGCCAUUCUUUUGUCAUGGGAUACCAUGAUCGUCAUUUCGCCGGUGACGCAUUCGCCCAUACCGGAGUAUGGGGCAAUCCAACAAGCGUUGAAAAUUUUUGUGAGGAGGAUUACGCCGUUACGAGAUUCGUUGCGGAGUUUGUGAAUAGUAUAACAAACUUAACCUACGUUUACUUUGCGUUGAAAUGCCGCGUACGCGUCCGCAAUGGAAUGGUAUACUCCGGGGGUUUCGAUUCGCUCUCGGUGACCCUGAUGCUUGUGGGCGUAACAUCAACAGCAUAUCACGCCACUCUUCACCAAGGUCCUCAGCUAGCAGAUGAUCUGUCCAUGCUCUUGCUCGCCGGAGCCCUACUGCAGAAACUCUGCUGUUCCAGUGAACCUCCAGUUAUCGCCCGACUUGCUGCUGUUAGCAUUUGGCUGCCUACAUUCAUCAUAUCAACUAUGUACAUAAAAUCCGGGAAUUUCCUCCUACAUAUGUGGAUGUUUGGCACUAUGGCGGCUUUGAUAGGACUCAGGAUUUUUUACCUCAUUUACUUCGAGCCAAGGCCAGAACAAGACAAAACCAGACUAGCCUUUCGCUUUUGGAAUGGGGCCGCGUAUCUUGUGGUUGCAUUCGCUGUCUGGAAUAUCGACCUUGAGAGGUGCCACCAACUCAGAGCGGCAAGGCAGCGUCUCGGCCUUCCCUGGGCAUGGUUGCUCGAGUUGCAUGGCUGGUGGCAUGUUCUCACAGCAAUAGGAGCCGCUCGGUUCAUUGAGCUCGUACGGGAUUUGUGUGAUCAGACUGCUGGAUCCAAACGCCGGGAAAGCCGUGAACUGCUCAGCAGUGAAAGCACAACUCGAAAGAGAGGGUUUGCAGUUCUAACGCGGAUGAUGCUCCCAGCUCUCACGAAAGAGUCCAAAGACGAUCUUGACCGCAUUGGGUCUACUGGCUAAGCUAGUAGCACCGGCCCGAGAAAGCAACCAUAGAUUUCUAUGAUUAUCACAUCCCGGACAAAUAGUCAACGUGGCUGGUGCUUUGAGUCAUCACAGAAGUCAGGUGAUUCUUCAGACCGUGGUGAGGUGGAAAUGAGAGGGUGACCACGUGAAGUAAAACAGCGGAAUACUGG